AUGGACGUCGGCGCUGCCGUGAGUGCCGACAGCGUCGUCCACGAUCUGAGCUCAUCGAGGACACUAGCAGAGGGAUUCCGCAUCUGUUAUGUGCCCCGUGCCGUGCCCGCCUUCAGCAGCGCUCUGCCGCCCAUUCACCUCUUUUGCGUCAGACAGGACAACAGAGGGCUGACAGUCAAUACCCCCUUGGUCCUCUGUGUGCCUGCUGCCGACAUCCCCUCCACCGGGUGGACGAUGAGACUCUCUGUUUGUCGUGCUACACAUCCCACCAGGAGGCCGAGUCAAAAGGCAACGAUCUGGUCGCACGUUCGUCGCUAUGUCAGUUGGUUUAACCGAUCGAUCGACGCAGCAUCCCGCGGUCAAGAGGAGCCUACCGACGAGUUACCCAUGGUUCCCUGUGAUGAAUGCGCUAUGUUGUUCGCCGUAACGGAAUUCAUUACACCGAGUGGGCAGCAUGUUCUCCAAUGCCCGUACUGCCGCAAUAGACAGCUCCGACGUUACUAUGACGAGCGGCUGAACUAA